GAGAGUCUGAUUCCAGGUCUCUCUCUGCUGCUCUCUCCACUUUGGGUACUUGUACCCAAUCUGACUCAAUGGGGUUUUAGCGCCAAGGGGUUCAACGUUACAAAUAUAUUUAUUAACCCCAUACCCCGCUUGGCGUUCAAGUUUUUUAUGUAAUAACUCAAACGUUGGUAACUCAUCAAAGAAAGUCUCCUGGAGAAAGGUGAAGACGUCUCCAGAGGCGUGCCUUUUUGUCUGCUGCCUCACAGACGGUUCAGUCGGGCUUCCCUCCACGGCUGGCUUUCUGUGAGAGGAUAACAUCCACCUUAUCCUGCGUUUACUGCUCAGCCAGGCCGGCAAACCUCUGCAACGCAAUGGAUAUUCGAGACUGUCCCUUCCGGAAGAAGCGGAGACCGUGGCGGAUGGGCUUCCCGUCCUUCGCCUUGGUGACUGUGGCGCUCAUCCUGUGCCAGACGACCGUGGCUCGAGCAGAUCCAGUGGAUGUGUUGCGCGCUCUGCAGGUUCCCUCUCUCCCUGAGGGUGUGAAGAAAGUCCCAGGCUUCUGCACAUCCCGCCGCUCCAGCAGCCCAGAUCAUGCUUACCGUAUCACCAAGAAGGCCCAGAUCUCUGCGCCCACCAAGCAGCUCUUCUCAGGUCGUUUCCCAGAGAACUUCUCCAUCAUGACUCUGAUCAAGCCCCAGGCUGGUCUCCAAGCCUUCCUCCUCUCAAUCUACAGUGAGCAGGGGAUCCAGCAGUUGGGCAUUGAACUGGGACGCUCGCCUGUUUUUCUGUAUGAGGACCAGCAUGGCAAACCAGCUCCAGAGGAUUACCCACUCUUCAAAGGCAUCAACCUGGCUGAUGGCAAGUGGCAUCGGAUCGCUUUCUCUGUUUCAAAGAAAAAUGUGACACUACUGCUGGACUGCAAGAAGAAGAUGACCCGCCCCCUGCCCCGAGGCAAUAACGCUGAGGUUGACACCAAUGGCAUCACAGUGUUUGGAGCUCGUCUGCUUGAUGAGGAAGUUUUCCAGGGAGACAUCCAGCAGCUGUUAAUUGCCUCCAACCCUCAGGCAGCAUAUGACUUCUGUGAACACUACAGCCCUGACUGUGACUCCCCUCUGCCCAAGACCCAAGCUCAGGACCCCAACACAUACAAGAAAGCACUCAGUGGAAGAGCAGCUCCCACUAAAACCCAUCUUUUAAAGGCUAAACCCACCCCAGCUAAGUCAGCCAAGAGUGGACCAUACAAACUGGUAGUCAAGCCACCUAUGCCAACCAAAGCUAAAUCUCCUACAGCUAAAUCAUCUAAAGUAAAACCUACUGCAGCAGAGAUCUUCUUGUCUAAAAUCAAGCCAACUCCAGCAAGUAAAUCUAAACCCACAUCUGCUCCAGCGCAGAAUGGAAAUGGCAAAUCAAUUGUCCAGAAGAAACCAACUGCCGGAGCUAAAGCCACUGGUAAUGCUAAUGGAAAGCUAUCUCCAGAGAAAUCUAAUGGCAACAGCAAGGCUCAGACCAAUACAAAUGGAAAUGGCAAAGGAAACGGAAAAGCCUCUGUUGUGUCUAAAGUGAAUGGAAAUGCCAAAGCUACGACAGACAAGAAAGCUCUCAGAAAUGGCAAAACUACUCCUGAAGUUAAAGUUAAAUCUGGAAUUAAAGUCAAUGAAGCAAACGGCAACAACAAAGUGUCUAGUAAAGGGGCUACAAAUAUCAAAACCACUACUGGAAAAAAGACUGUGGAAAGUGCAGCUACAUUAACUCCCAUGCUGAAAACUACUAAAGUCCCCCAACUCACCAAAUCAGCUCCUACUAAAUCCUCCAAACUCACUGCUACCAAAGUCCCUGUAACACGGCUCGGACAGACAACCAAAGGUAAACAUUUGGUCAAAUCAACAGUCAGCAAACCUGAGAAGGUUUCCAAUCCAACAAAAGCAACUUCAACAUCUCCAGCCAUCCGACCCACUCCACCUAGACCCCCAAAAUCCAAGGAGACAGAUGUCAAAUCCCAACACAGACAUUUCCCACCAUUUGUCAAUGCUGCAGCGAGUGGAUCCGCCGUGGCUACUAAGAAAGUUACCAACGGUUAUCAACAGCCCCAGGUAGAACCAGGCUUGGAGGGAGAGGAGGUAGAUGCCACAAAGGCAGGCGGUGUGGGAGAAGAGGUCUUCUCUGAGGAUUAUGUGACUGGAGACUUGGGCAUGAGGGAAUAUGAUUAUUCCUACAAAGACUACAAUGAACCAUUACCAGAGACUGGAGAGGCUGAUGGUUACGGUGGGCCCGCCUUGUCCGCUGUGACGGACGAGGGAGGCGCCAGAAUCAGGGGCAUCAAUGGCCAGAAGGGAGAGAAGGGAGAACCAGCUGUCCUGGAGCCGGGAAUGCUGAUUGAAGGUCCUCCAGGGCCUGAAGGACCUGCUGGGGUUCCAGGACCUUCUGGCCCUUCUGGACCUCCUGGCUCAAUGGGUGACCCUGGUGAGAGGGGUCCUCCUGGUAGGUCAGGUCUUCCUGGAGCAAAUGGAGUUCCUGGACCUCCUGGAACCUCAGUCAUGCUGCCUUUCCGCUUCGGACAGAGUGGAGGCGAUAAGGGUCCUGCUGUUUCUGUACAGGAAGCCCAGGCAGCAGCCAUCUUGUCCCAGGCCAGGAUGGCUAUGAAGGGACCUCCUGGACCAAUGGGAUUCACAGGACGCCCAGGACCCCUGGGAGGUCCGGGAAGUUCAGGUUUCAAAGGAGAAGGUGGAGACCCAGGUCCUCAGGGUCCUAGGGGUUCCCAGGGUUUGAUGGGCCCUCCAGGCAAAUCUGGAAGAAGAGGUCGUGCCGGCGCUGAUGGUGCUAGGGGAAUGCCAGGAGAGACUGGAACCAAGGGUGAUCGUGGUUUUGAUGGUCUUCCUGGUCUGCCUGGUGAUAAAGGACACAGAGGUGAUUCAGGUCCAAUGGGACCACAAGGAUCUUCUGGAGAGGAUGGAGAGAGGGGAGACGACGGAGACAUUGGUCCCAGGGGUCUCCCAGGUGAACCCGGACCUCGUGGUUUGCUUGGCCCUAAAGGUCCUCCUGGAAUCCCUGGACCUCCUGGUGUAAGAGGAAACGAUGGACCCCACGGUCCCAAAGGAAACUUGGGUCCCCAAGGUGAGCCAGGACCUCCUGGACAGCAGGGAACUUCAGGAACUCAGGGAAUGCCAGGACCUCAGGGGGCUAUUGGACCACCAGGAGACAAAGGUCCCACUGGAAAACCAGGUUUGCCUGGAAUGCCAGGAGCUGAUGGCCCUCCUGGUCACCCAGGAAAGGAGGGACCACAUGGAACUAAAGGCAAUCAGGGCCCCAGCGGUCCUCAAGGAGCUAUUGGCUAUCCUGGCCCUCGCGGCAUUAAGGGAGGUCAAGGAAUCCGUGGUCUAAAGGGACACAAAGGAGAGAAGGGAGAAGAUGGUUUCCCAGGAAUUAAAGGAGAUUUUGGAGUCAAGGGAGAAAGGGGUGAGAUUGGAGUAACGGGGCCCAGAGGAGAGGACGGUCCAGAGGGGCCAAAGGGUCGUGUGGGACCUCCUGGUGAGCUUGGACCUAUUGGCCUUGCUGGGGAGAAGGGUAAACUUGGUGUACCUGGACUUCCUGGAUAUCCUGGAAGACAAGGACCUAAGGGAUCUCUUGGGUUCCCUGGAUUCCCAGGUUCAAAUGGAGAGAAGGGAACAAGGGGUGCUAGUGGAAAACAAGGACCAAGAGGACAAAGAGGACCAACGGGCCCAAGAGGGCAGAGAGGCCCAAGGGGAGCAACUGGGAAACCAGGAGCAAAGGGAACGUCUGGAAGCGAUGGCCCCCCUGGUCCUUCUGGAGAGAGGGGAUUGCCUGGACCUCAGGGAGCCAAUGGCUUCCCAGGACCCAAAGGGCCUCCGGGACCACCUGGAAAAGAUGGACUGCCUGGACAUCCUGGACAGAGAGGAGAAGUUGGGUUCCAAGGUAAAAUGGGUCCACCUGGGCCUCCUGGAGUUGUAGGACCUCAGGGUCCAUCAGGAGAAACCGGCCCCAUGGGUGAGCGUGGCCAUCCUGGCUCCCCUGGUCCACCUGGAGAGCAGGGACUAUCUGGUCCCUCAGGAAAAGAGGGUACUAAGGGUGACCCUGGACCUCCAGGAGGCCCUGGAAAAGAUGGGCCCCCAGGUCUGAGAGGUUUCCCUGGGGAGAGAGGACUUCCUGGAACCCCUGGGGGUGGAGGACUGAAAGGAAGUGAAGGACCUGCUGGACCUCCUGGACCUGCUGGUUCUCCUGGUGAGAGGGGCCCAGCUGGAACUGCUGGACCUGUGGGACCUCCAGGCAGACCAGGUCCACAGGGUCCUCCUGGACCAGCUGGAGAGAAGGGAGUUCCGGGAGAGAAAGGACCUAUUGGCCCAGUGGGUCGAGACGGAGUUCAAGGACCGGUGGGUCUGCCUGGCCCUGCUGGAUCACCUGGAGUACCUGGAGAAGAUGGUGAUAAGGGGGAGGUUGGAGAACAUGGUCAGAAAGGCGCCAAGGGAGGAAAAGGAGAGCAUGGUCCUCCGGGCCCACCAGGCCCAAUGGGUCCGGUUGGUCAGCCUGGUCCUGCUGGGGCAGAUGGAGAACUCGGGCCGAGGGGCCAGCAGGGGCCUUUUGGAGCUAAAGGUGAUGAAGGUACUCGAGGGUUCCCAGGGGCUCCAGGACCAAUCGGACUGCAGGGACUGCCUGGACCACCUGGUGAGAAGGGAGAAACAGGCGACGUUGGACCUUUGGGUCCACCGGGCCCUCCUGGACCACGCGGCCCUGCUGGUCCCAACGGAGCCGACGGUUCUCAAGGUCCUCCUGGAGGUGUGGGAAAUCCUGGACCUCUUGGAGAAAAGGGAGAGCCUGGUGAAGCUGGACAACCUGGUGUUGGAGGAGAGCCCGGAAAGAAGGGUCCUCGUGGAGAGCGUGGAGAGAAGGGAGAGGCUGGACAACCUGGAACUCCUGGACUUGCAGGAGGAAGAGGAGGACCAGGAGACGACGGGCCCAAAGGAAACCCAGGUCCUGUUGGUUUCCCCGGUGAUCCUGGUCCCCCUGGUGAGGUCGGACCCAGAGGUCAAGAUGGUGCCAAGGGGGAGAGAGGAGAGGACGGUGAACAGGGAGAGUCGGGCUCCCCAGGACCUCCUGGUGAGAAUGGACCACCCGGCCCCCCAGGAAAGAGGGGUCCUGCUGGGACAAGAGGACCAGAGGGACGAGAAGGAGAGAAAGGAACCAAGGGAGAUUCAGGCGCCGUCGGUCCCCCCGGAAAGACUGGCCCCGUUGGCCCCCAGGGUCAACCAGGGAAACCAGGAACAGAAGGUCUCCGAGGUCUCCCAGGAUCAGUGGGUGAGCAAGGAGCUCCAGGAUCUGCUGGACAGAAAGGACCACCUGGACCUAUGGGACCUCCUGGUUUGCCUGGCCUGCGUGGAGAUCCUGGUGCAAAGGGAGAGAAGGGACACCAAGGUCUUAUUGGUCUGAUUGGACCUCCAGGAGAGCAGGGAGAGAAGGGAGACAGAGGUUUGCCUGGGCCUCAGGGAUCAUUUGGACCCAAAGGAGAGCCUGGUAUGGGUGGAGGCACCGGACCGAUCGGCCCUGCAGGUCCUCCUGGUCUUCCAGGCCCACAAGGUGUCAAAGGAGCAAAGGGUGCAACAGGAGGAUCUGGUCCAAAAGGAGAAAAGGGUGUACAAGGACCUGCUGGACUUCCUGGUCCACCGGGCGAGGUCAUUCAGCCGAUUCCCAUCCAGAGGAGUCCCAAGUCCAAACGCUCCAUUGAUGCCAGCCAGCUGCUGCCCGAGUUGGACCCUGACAUGCCUGCAUCUGACGCCGCCGGCACAGAGUUCCUGAUGGGCAGCGAGGGCAUGGAGGAGAUCUUCGGCUCUCUGAACUCACUACGACAGGAGAUCGAUACCAUACGUUUCCCUCUGGGCACCCAGGACAGCCCGGCUCGCACCUGCCAGGACCUCCACCUCAGCCAGCCGGACCUCAAGGAUGGAGAAUACUGGAUCGAUCCCAACCAGGGCUGCUCCAGAGACUCCUUCAAGGUCUUCUGUAACUUUACAAAUGGAGAGACGUGUCUGUACCCCAGAAAAGACUUUGACACGGUGAAGAUGAGCUCCUGGAACAAUGAGACUCCAGGGUCGUGGUACAGCCAGUUCGCCACAGGCAGUAAGUUCUCCUACAUGGACUCUAACGGCGAGGCCGUGGGUGUGGUCCAGCUGGGCUUCUUGCGUCUCCUGAGCGUCCAGGCCCGUCAGAACCUAACAUACCACUGCCACCGCUCAGUGGCCUGGGCCGACCGAAGUGCCAAGAACAACCACAAGAGAGCGCUGCACUUCAGAGGUGCAAAUGACGAAGAGCUGAGCUACGAGACCAGCCCUUACAUCAAAGCGUUGAUCGACGGCUGCUCUUACCGAAAAGGCUUUGACAGGACCGUCCUGGAGAUCAACACACCACAGUUGGAACAUCUCCCUCUGCUGGACAUCAAGGUGACAGACUUUGGGGAGAGCAACCAGCAGUUUGGCUUUGAAGUGGGACCUGUCUGUUUCCAGGGCUAAACACACCAACACACACUACGCAGAAAACAUGCAAACACUCACAUACACACAAGCACUUAAACAUGCACACGGGAUCAACAUACAUGACCAGUAAUUUGUAAAUUAACUUGUAAAUGAUAUUAAAUACAUAAACCCACACACACUCAUUCUCACGUAUGCGCCUCGGGAAACAGUUUCCUAGCGGCUAAUGGACUUAAAAACAAGAGAAGUGAAAUAAAAACUUGUGAAGAGGAGAACGUCUGGGAGCGAGACGGCAUAGAAGGAGGAAAAAACCAGGAGAGAACAUUCCUUGGAAUAAAACAUUAUUUUUCUGAGCAGCAGGAGGAUCCGGCCUCAGAUAGAAGACGGAGCCAGCAGCGUGAGGCCUGAAGCUCCUCGUCUCCAGUCCCCCAUCUCACUCCUCUGUCCUUCCCACUGACACCUUUCUCCACCCAGAUCUCCUGCUCCCCCUCCCCCACCUGUUUCUGACAAGAGUCCCAUGCAAACAUCGUCUCCAUCUCUGUAUUUCCAGGGUUGAUGCGACGGCAACAUGAUUAACCAUCACUGUGAUCCCGUCUUCCUACUCAGCAACAGAUUAUUGGCUUUAAAUUCUUUUGCUUUUAUCUAAAAACUUGAAUAAACGUCAUUUUUCACAUUUUACCUCAUGAACAAAAUUUUGAAUUCAGUCUAAAUAGUAGAAACAAAACCCAGACCUGAACCAGAACCUGGUCCACAUCAACGUUUAGUUGUUGCACAUCUGAGCUAUGGGUUAUGAUUGGGUGAUAUCUUGUUGCUACUCGCAUGUGAACCAUGUUGCUGGGAUGUAACCUCAUGACCUUUAACGUCAGAACAAACCAAAGAACUGUCGCCAGUUUCCACCCAGAUGUAAACCGGUCCGACCCCAUGAUCUCAGCAGGAUCACAGAUCAUUUUCAUCCUGAGCUUCAACAAAGGGGAUUUUCUGCUGCCGUCAUCGACACGCUGAAGUUUAACCCUUUACUCUCCAGCAUGUGAUUCCCAGCUCAAAAUGAUCAUUAAAAUCUUUCUCAAGGUGCUUUUUAAACUCAGCAUUUUGGUUCAUUUGUUUCUGUUGAACAAACAGCUGCAGACAGAAAAGAUGAGUUGAUGCCUACGUCAGUGAAGUUAAAGCCAUUUUUUUAAGCUGUGCUGUUGUACAUGACUGUUCCUGGUGCCUUUUAAAGAAACAACCCGAUAAAUCCUUACUGAGGAGAGCGGAGCGGUCACAGCUUACAUGUGCAGUCAUUUUCCUGUUUCCUGGUUCUAAUACCUGACGUUUGUAGGGAAGAUUUAUUGAAUUAAACUGUGUGGCAAGGUGCUAAUUAUACAAAAAUCCUCCAUUUUUAGUCUCUUUUCUAUUUCACAAACGUUUUAGGAGGGAAAUGUGCAUUACAGUACAUUUGUACAGAAAUAGCAAUAUUUUAUUGUAUUUAUUUAAAACCGACAGGGUGCUUUGAGAAUAAAAUAAGAACUGACUUUUAUUUCAGGCAGAUGUGUGUUUCAGUUGUAUUUAUUGUAAAGCAGCUCGACUGAAGCGAUUGACUUGCAUGUUUUAAACGGAGUCAGCUGGAGCUGCGAUGCUUCUGUUCACAUCAACAAACAUCUUCUGUCCAACCAAAGAAUCUGUGGCCGUGUCUCACUGUAAGCCCCCUUUUCUCAUGUUUUUAUCAGCUGUACUGUGCCUUUAAAUGUUGCUUCCACUAUACUGAUUAAAUGGUGACUCUCCAGUUCUGCCACAUCCCUGUUUCCUUGAUAGCAAGAACGUUUACAGAGUCCGUUCCUGCAGUUACCGGGACCGAGGUUCUGACUGUAUAAAAACACAAAAACUUUUAUUUUGGGUGUGAGAGGAAGGGGUGAGUGGGAGUGGGUAACAUCUGUCAGGCAAGAUGGAGUAAAAGUACUUCCUAAAAUUAUGGGGUGAGUUCUGACUGGAGUUCUGGUUCUGUUUGUUUGUUAUUUUUUAAAUCUAGCAGUAAAGCAAGGAGAGAAAACGUAAACCAAAGCGAUCUGUCCUUCUCCUUUGAGAACGACCUCAACUAUUUGCUUUUAUUGUGUUGAAGACAUUUCAACUUAAAAAUAUGGUGCUGAAAAGUUUUAUUUUAUAAUGUCUGUAAGUAAUUUUUUUAAAAGUUUGUUUGGGUAAUAUAUAAUCUUUUUAAAAGGA